CUUUUUGUAAAUUUAGUUAGUGAGAUUAUUUCUAUUAUGCAAUUUGAAUAGUUGAUUGAGAAUUCUACAGUUAAAGAUCUGAAGAUAAACUAUAAAAAGGAUUAUAGAGAAAACUAUAAAUUGGUGAGGGAUGAGACGAUAUAUGGACUGUCAGUUUGUAAGACUUAUAUUUAAAAGAAUAUAAAGACAAAUGAAAUGUUUUUGUGUGUUUAAGAGACUUUCUAUGAUCAUUAAUCGCCAAAAAUAAUUAAUAUGCUAGAAACUUUACAGGUAAUUAAUGAAAAUCCUUUCUUUAAUUAAUUCAGGGCAUUUAGCUAUGAAGAACUUCAAUAGAAAUCAGUUAGAAUUUAUAUUUUGAUUGAAUAUUACGAUAUGAAUUUGAUUAAAAUAGCUAAAAAGAGGACUUUGAUAGAUAAAAAUUUGAUUGAUAGUCUCACAAAAUGUUUUCUUUGCUCGAUAUAAUUCUUGUUCAAAAUCGAAUCUUCUCUUUUAGCCAUUCACAGCUCUAAUGUAUUUUUAAAGUAAAUGAGUGCUAAUAUUAAUGAUGGCUACCUUGUAAAAAUACUUUACUUUCCUUUCAUGUAGUCUUCUUUUGACAUGGUUUUGUCAGGUAAAGAAAAACAUUAUAACUGCUAUUUAUCAGUAGAAGAGCUUGAAUGUCUUGAUAAAAAGUUAGAAAAUAUAGAAAUCAACAAUACAUAAUCAAAUAUUUUUAGUUUUGGGGCACUUUUACUAGAUUUGUUAAAUUGUGCUAAUCCAAAUGCGAAUGGAAUUUCGCUCAUUUACUGCAAAGACAGCUACAGGAUUGAUGAAACUAACUUUUUUGAGAGAAUAAACUUCGUUGCAGAGAAAUAUCCCAAAAGGGUGUUUCUUCUACUUGAGUAGCUUCUUAAAUUUAAUGACAGAUAAACACCAAGACAAAUUAUGAAGCUCUAUGAAAAUUAAUCUCAAAUAAAUAACAGCUAAAUCGCUGAUGACACAAUAGCAAAUGCUAAAUAAAGGAUCUAAAUGUAACUUUACAGUGAAUUCCCAAUAAAAAGCAAUGUUGUAAAUUCUCCAUCUAAUUAUAACUUCGCAUAAAAAUAAAAACAAAAUACUCUCAAUAACAAUAAUAAUUCUAGUGAACAGCAAACAUUUUCUAAUUCAGCCUUUCAAAGUAACCAAGAAGAACCUAUUUAUUACAACAACAAUCUGAGCAAUAAUCAAAAUAAAAUAAAUAAUGAAUUUUAAAAUAACGAAUUUUAAGAUAGAAAAUAUAAUUAACAGAUUUAAUCUCCACAAGAUUUUUAAAGUAAUAAAAACAACAAUUAAGUGAUAAACCCUCUUGGAAGCAGUUCUCAGUUUGAUUAAGACUCAAAUAGAAAUUAAAAGACUAGAAGCAAAUGGGAUAUACCUUCUAUUCACAAUUCUGGAUCUCGUUAGUUUAACCCAAUAGUUACUCCUUUUUCUAACAAUCAGCUCUCUCCAACUGAAAGGAAUGAAUAUGCAAACAACAUUCGAUAUGCUGAAGAUUCUCCUACUUUUGCCAAUUAAAACAAUAUUUCACCUUCUUAUUAACUUUCCUCAGAAAGUGGUAAUAAAAACUAGUAAAAUUCUUUGUACAAUCAAAACUCUAAUAACAACGAUUAUAAUUAAUUUCUUUUCCAAAGUAUUGACAAAGAUGCAGAAUAAAAAAAUAGAAAAUUUGCUGUUCAAGGUAGAGGAGAAGAUAACUAAGUAGUUUAUAAAAAAUAACCAGACUAAAUUUCGUCUGAAUAUUUUAAGCCGAACAACUCUUCAUCAAAUAAUUAAUCAUAAUAGUUUGAUUUCAAUUUUUAUAACUAAAUUUAAAAUGAUAAUGAUAAAUACAUGAACAAAGAUCUCCCCUCAAUACAGAUUUAAAAAGUAGAGUCUAAUUAUGAAAACCAUUCGCAGUAACCAAAUAAUAAUAAAAAUUAUGAUUAGCAAAACAGUAAAUUUCUCCUUAGUCCUUCAUCUCAAUUUUCUAAUAAUGAUUCGAGUUAACAAUAGUAUUCCAAAGAAAUACCAUAGGCACCUUAAUUACCUUCAGCUCCUUCAGCAUAAUCCUAAAAAGGAGCUAAAGAUGACUAUUAAAAAAAUACAAUUCCAUAAGCUCCUUUAUUGAAUGAAAAUAGCCAUUUAAAAACACCUCAAGUUAAUACAAUACCCUAGGCACCUUCUCUUAAUACAAUUCCUUUAGCACCUCCAUUAAACGGAAUUUAAGUACCAAAAACAAAUACCAUUCCUCCAGCGCCUUAAUUAGCAGGUAUCCCUCCUGCUCCCUUUAUUGGUGGUAUACCUCCAGCCCCUCCAAUAGGUGGUAUUCCUCCAGCACCUCCAAUUGGAAAUACCUCUCAAGGAUCUCAGCUAAAUGGUAUACCUCCUGCACCUUAAAUAAAUGGGAUUCCUAAAGCUCCUCCAUUAUUAAAUGGAAUCCCUUCAGCACCUCCUAUGAGCAUUUUAUAAGAAAAAAAUAAAAAUAAUUAAUAACCAAUACAACAUUUACAGAGUAUGAUAUAAAAUUCUUUAGAAGUUACAGAUGAAAAUAAUGAAUAAGAGUAAAUUAGGAAAAAAGAAGAAGUUCUUUAAAGGUUAUUUUAAAAUAAUAAUUAAGCAGCACCUGUUAGACUUCCAUUCUUUCUUCCAAAUCAAGGAGUUAAAAAGGAAAUUAAAGACGAAAAUAAUGCAAAGCAGGCAGACUAAAAAGAAGAAAUAAAAAAUGAUAAAAAUAAAGAAUUAAUUGGUAUCCCUCCUGCACCAUAAAACUUGAUUCCUCCUCCCCCACCACUUCCUCUUUCUAAUAUUUUAGUAGACACUAACUAUGUUGUUAAGCCGAAAUUAGAGGCUGAUACAACUGUAAGAGAUGAGUAAAAGGAAAGAAUAGAAAAUCACAAAAAGACAUAAAAUCAGUUAAAAAAAGAGUCAAACGAUGCUUUACUUCAAUCUUAAUCAGUUCUAGAAAGCUCUUAAAGAUUAAUAGAUAAAGCAAGUAAAGUAAAACUUCCAGAAAAUUAAACAUAUUCGACGACGAUACUUGAAGAAGAUGAAAACUCUGCUAACAAGAAGGACACUUUGGACACUUAUAGAACUUUAAAAGCAAGAGAAAAUGAAUAUUUGAAUUUAAAAUAAUAAAACUUAAUGAAAUCUCAGCAAUAAAUAAAUCUUUCUAAAGAAGAAGAGCUCAAAAAAAUAAGAAAUAAUCACUCACAACUGCUUGAUAAUUAAAAUUAACAUUAGUAACGAAGCAUUGAAAAUUCAGUUUUGAAUGCUAGUAAUAAAGGAGAUUUUUAUAACAAUAGAAAAUACUAAGAUGGAAACAAUCAAAUUUAAAACCAAAAUGAAAGCUAGCAGCAAUCAAAUUUAUAUGCCUCAUUCAAUCCUGACAGCCAAGAAAAAUCUCAUGACAUCCAUAGCUUUAAUGAAAAUUCUGUUGCAGUUUUUGAUAAUGAAGGAAGUCUCCAGAAUCAGCACAAACUAAAUUUUGAAAGUAUUUAAAAUGAAAGAGAAAUAAACCAUGGUGGUAAAGAUUACAAUAGGUAAAACGACAGAAGUGAUUUAAAUGAUAAUUAACAAUUUUUAUCUCCUUAGAAAAAAUAAAAUAAAGUUUCUUCUGACUAUGAUUUAGAAAGUUAUAGAAACGAGGACAAUUAAUCAUCUUGGAGAUUUAGACAAACUCCACCUUAGUUUUAAGAUGGCUAUGGGUUUGAAAAUGGCAUAACUCAAUAUCAGAUGAACAAUUCUUAAAUUUCUAACUAAGAUAAUAAUUUUAGGAGUUCCUAAAUUGAUUAAAGCGCCUACAAAUUUCCCACUAAUGUUAUUCAGGUGAUUAAUUCUAUUGGAGGAUCACUGAAUUAAUCUAGUGAUUAGUCUUCGAGUAUAGUCUAAGAAGCUAUUCGAUAUAAUUAGCAACAAGAAAUAAUACAGUAGCUUUAUCCCAACUUAAAUAACUCAGAAAGUAGAUUUUAAAAUCGCUCAGAAUAUCUUUAGGAAUCUAACUUUUAACCAAAUGUCUAUAAUAACUAAUAUGAUGGAAUUUAAAGCAGCUAUUAACCUUAAAAAAAUUAAUUUCAGUAAAAGAACGCAUAAAAUUAAAAUAAUUCUCCUGAAUCUACUGAAAAUACCUACAACAGCUAUCCUUAUUAAAAAAAUAAUUAAAAUUAACCAUAGAAUUACCAACUAAACAGCCCUACCACCUAGCUUAACAGCAGUUAGAAUAAUUUAAACAGCAGUUCAUACACUCCAAGUUCUAACUUUUAAAAAAAUAGCUUAUACAAAAAUAAUGAUUUUAUUGAAGAAUAAAGCUAAGAGUCAGAACCUGAAGAAUAAAACUCUCUAAUCUACAAAUCACCAAUCUAAAAGAAUGUAAAAGACUAUAUGAGCUAACUACAAAAAAAUAAAGAAUUCUUUGAGCAACUUCGUAAGCAGAGACCUCAAGGCUCUAAGUAAUUUGAUCCUUAAGAGUUUGAAUAAAUAGUUCAAUAAGCCAACUAAGAACCUGAUAAAAAAGGAGUGAGAAACAGCUACAAAAAUUCAUCUUAAGAUUCUGGAAUUCAAAGCUAUUUACCUCAAGUAGAUUAAGUAGUUGAAAAUAAUUUCGAGUAUCCUUAAAACCAAAGCAAUCAAAACAGCACAUUAGAUUCCUACAUUGAAAAAACAAUAGAUGAGUAGAUUUAUGAAGACAAUAAAAAUCUCUUUUUUUCAGAAUUUUAAGAUUUUUAAGAUAAGGAAGCUUUAAUUGCUGAAUUGUAUUAGCAACUUCAAAAAUUCCCAGAUACUAAAAAAAUAUAAUAUAAAAACAAAUCUUUUUAUGAAGGAUAAGUUCAAGUUACAGACAGGAGCAUUGUUAGAAACGGAUUUGGAAUCCUAAAAAUGUAAAAUGGGGACAUUUAUUGUGGUUAUUUUAAGAACAACUAAUUCGAUGGAGAGGGUGUUUAUUUUUACAAUCAUGGAGAUAUUUACAGAGGCUAACUUCGCAAAGAUCUCAGAUAAGGACACGGAACUUACUAUUACCAUGGAUUAGGAUUCAUUUAUUCUGGGGAAUGGAAUGGAAACGUGAAAGAAGGCUACGGAAGACUUCUAAUGAAAAACAAAGAGAAAUAUGAAGGCUAUUUUAAAUAGAAUGUAAAAUGUGGUAGAGGUAUUUACUAUUUUGCUAACGGGGAUACAUUUGAUGGUGAAUGGGUCUAUGAUAAGAAAUGUGGAUUUGGUACCUUAGAGUUCAAGGAUGGUAACCACUUCGAAGGUAAUUUUUAUGAUGAUCUUCCUUAUGGCUAGGGUUAAAUGAAGUUUAAAAAUGGGGAUGAAUAUAGUGGAAACUAUGAAGAUGGAUUAAUUUCUGGUUAUGGUAUUUACAUACAUGCCAAUUAACAAUACUAUGAAGGAGAUUUUAGUAAAAACUAAAUGAAUGGAGAAGGAAUAUAUUAUUUUAAAAAUGGGGAUAAGUAUUAGGGAUAAUAUAUAGAUGGAAUUCGAGAAGGUUAUGGAAAGUAUUUCUAUUAAAAUGGUUGUAUCUACGAAGGUUAAUGGGUAAACAAUUAAAAGCAUGGUGAAGGAAGGUAUAUUUUCCCUGAUAAUACAUAUUACUAAGGUUCAUUUGAAAAUUCAAUGAAGUCCGGAAUAGGAAAAUAAACAUUUAAAGAAAAUGAAUUCUAUAAUGGGUAAUGGAGAAAUGAUAAGAGAAAUGGGAAGGGAUUUUAUUAAUUUAAAGAUGGAAGCUACUAUGAAGGAGAUUGGCUAAAUGACAAAAUGCACGGCGAAGGAACUUAUAAUCUCAAAACUAGUUCUGGCUUUAGAAAGAUUUAUGGAAUUUGGAGCGAUGAUGAACUUUAUUAAAGUUUUGAAUGA